AGGAAGGAGGUUCCUCUCAACGAACGCGGUUGUAGUUUGGACUUUAAAGUUCCUCUUAACCCAUUUAAAUCCUUCCCGUUAAACCUUGGAAUAAACACACAUUUAGGUGACUUACUAUCGGACAUCCGACCUCCCUGGAGUCCAUCUUUGCAUUUUUAUGCUUCUUUUUGUGGCUCACUACAUGUGUUAGUGAGCUCGGUGGAACAGCACACCUGCGUGACUCAGAGUGUCCAGCAGGGAUGUGUUCCAGUCGGGGUAUUUGCAACAGCAACGAGCGCUCUCGCAACAGGUCCACCCACUCAGAGAGCACUGGUUCGGGGGCCCACUAUGCCCUGUGUGCCCUGGGAGUGGGCCUCAUCGCCCUGGGCGUGGUCAUGAUUGUGUGGACAGUGAUACCCGUUGAUGGCGAGGAGUCCGGCGGCUCCACCAACUCGUCCAGCAAUUCCACGGCAGACAGCAACGACGACAACGAAGAGGGCGAGAUCUCCAAGUCCUCGUCGGUCGCCAUGGUGCUGGUGGGCGUGGGCCUCGCCAUGCUGCUCCUGUCCAUUUUCCUUGGCGUUAGAAGCAAGCGGAGAGCUCGUGAAAACAGUGAGCAGUCGGCGGCAGCAGCAACCGCCUUCCUAGACCACGUGGCCGUCGAUCAGGCAGAGUCAGCUCCAGAUCCAGCUUCAUUUAGCGUUCCGACCUAUGAGGAGGUGGUCGGUAGUAGCGACUACCCCGUCCGCCAGAGCAACCUUCGCCAAAGUACCACACAUCUACCCUCCUAUGAGGACAUUAUAGCAGCCGUGGAGAACGAGGGAACGGAGCCCGCCAACCAGCCCGCCGAAGACACCCAUCUCAAUGAGUCCAUGUCUCCCGAGGCCCAAGCAGCCACCGCCGCCAACGCCGAGCCCCAGGCCGACGCUUCAGCGCGUCAGCCUAGCCUGCCGGCGCGCAGCGCCAGUCGAGCCAGCCGGUUACUGCGCCCCCUGCGGGUGAGGAGGAUUAAGUCGGACAAACUGCACCUGAAGGACUUCCGCAUCCAAAUCCGCAGCCCUACGCAGAACCCGGUGACCAUUGAGCCAAUCACGCCACCGCCGCAGUAUGAAAACAAGGCGCCUGAGUUAGGGUAGCGUCUCCACCUCCAGCUGGCCCCCCGUGGAUGCAGUUAUCUCUGGAGGGACUGAUGUGGAAACGAUGCGACGAUCGGCAAAUUUAUUCUGUUGUCAUGUGUCAUGAUUGAAAGCAGCCUCCUCCAUUUAAACAGACAGUUUAUCUAACGUUUACUCUUGAGGAUGUAAAUGAGCCGUGUGUGGGGAUUGGAGGGCAAAAAGGGAAUUAAUUAGCGAGCUGUUCAAUGCCGGUAAACAUCACAUAUACGAACCUUUGGUCGUAAUGAAGACGAUGCACUGAAAUUUAAUCUGCUGUUUGUCAAUGCUUUUGGAAAUAGCUUUUAAAUGGUUUUGUGUGUCUUAAAGUGUCUCAAAGUCUCAAGUCGUCUUGUUGGUGCGUGAGGUCACAACACUGGAAUGUUUAAAAAAAACAGUUAAAUGUUGUAUUUCGAUGUACGAUAAAGGUUUGAAUUUUUUAAAACAUCUUUUAUUGUUCAAGAAUAAAUAUUUGUCCUUUUAUAAUUAGAUAUUUUUUCAUGCUUUGUGUUACCCAUUGAAAUUAAAAAGGAGCCACGCUUUACGUCAUUAUCUGACUGUAAUGCUGACUGCAUGUUCAAGCAGAUGUUCUCAACCACAAUCAUGCAUUUGUGUAAUGAUUUUAAUAGAUGCUGCAACUUUGACACGACUGUAUUUAUGUCCAGAAAUGUA